AUGAAACAGUAGGAUCGGAGUAGAUCAUAGGGAGGAACACGGGCCUUGAGUUGUGUCUUUGAUGAUCUCGCCUCCUAGCAGCAACUUACCUCCUCCAAUCAGGGCCGCCCGGGCCCCACCUGCUGCUCCGCUGCUUCCGCACGCUAUCAUCAGCUGCCGCCUAGGAUCCUAGUAGCUUGCCGAGUGCUAGCUGCCUAGCUAGCUUAGCGAUCGGCCUGCAGCUAGCCCAGAGGCCAGCUGAGAGAGCUCGCUUUACUGCCCGCGCGCUCUAUAAGUAGAAGAAGAAGCCGCUGCUGGUGGGUGGUGAAACGUCGUGGGCGCGCGAUCCAUUAUUGCUGGGCUCUCGCUCGUGUGCGCCGCUGGACGGAGCCGCCGGAGCGGAGGACGACGGCGACGAGGGGGAAGAAGGGAGCGAGAGGCAGCAGCGCCAGCAGCAUGCAGCGUGGGGAUCCGCUUGUGGUGGGUCGGGUGAUCGGCGACGUCGUCGACCCCUUCGUCCGCCGGGUGCCGCUGCGCGUGGCCUACGCCGCACGGGAGGUCUCCAACGGCUGCGAGCUCCGGCCCUCCGCCAUCGCCGAACAGCCGCGCGUCGAGGUCGGCGGCCCCGACAUGCGCACCUUCUACACCCUGGUGCUGGUUGAUCCGGACGCGCCAAGCCCCAGCGAUCCCAACCUCAGGGAGUACUUGCACUGGCUGGUCACUGAUAUCCCGGCGACGACAGGAGUUUCUUUUGGUACUGAGAUUGUGUGCUACGAGAGCCCACGGCCGGUGCUCGGAAUCCAUCGGCUGGUGUUCCUGCUCUUCCAACAGCUCGGCCGGCAGACGGUGUACGCCCCAGGGUGGCGGCAGAACUUCAGCACCCGUGACUUCGCCGAGCUCUACAACCUCGGCCUGCCGGUCGCCGCCGUCUACUUCAAUUGCCAAAGGGAGUCAGGAACUGGUGGCAGGAGAAUGUGAGCUCGUCGAUCGGGGUGAAAUAAACACUGAUGAUUAUUGAUUGGGUAUAUCAUAUAUACACUGUGACAACAUGGAGAAAAAUAACUGCGACAUGGACUAUAUAUUGUCUAAUUAAUUAGCUGAUCAAUAUGCUAGCCUUCAUUUACAUUUGGGAGGAGUAUAUUUGAUAGUUCUGGAAGAUUGGCAUGAUUAUGACUACUAUAAAGCAAGCAAUAUUAUGCAGAUGAGGGUUCAGCCUCAUCAGUCAACAUGACUACUGUCUCUCCCUUGGAAAACAA